CUCUGGUAAAGGCUAUCUGUUCCGGUUAAGCCUGUACUGUGCGCUGUCUGCCUGGCGAUGUCCGUACAGUGCGCGCUAUUCGUCUGGUGAAGUCUGUACAGUGCGCGCUAUUCUGGUGAAGUCUGUACAGUGCGCGCUAUUCGUCUGGUGAAGUCUGUACAGUGCACGCUAUUCUGGUGACGUCUGUACAGUGCACGCUCUCUAUUUUUUGUUCUCCGCCAUGCGUCCUUUCUUUUAAUGUGCCCGGGUUGCUGUUGCUGGAGAAAACAUCAAUCUUAAUGUGACUCAAUCGAGAAAGAGUAACGAAAAAGCCAACACAACAGAAAAAAGAAGAACUAGAAGAGUUUGAGUCUCAACCUCUUCGCCGCUGUGAGGUUUCCACAGGAGUCCCGUCUGACAUUUUGGUCAAAAGAGGAAUCCUUGUUGGGCUUCCUGUGUGUUUCACAAAAGAGAUCAAAAUGGCGGACGAGACGCGUGGCGAAAAGGAACCGGAAGAGAAGUGCCUUAUUUAUUGCAUUCAAAACAAUUGAAAAAUUCUUAUGGGAGAGAAAAUUCAAGAGAAAAUCAUGUCGGAGAAGAAACAUUUAAAGCAACCUUUUAAUGAAAGCCAAGAUUUGAUCUGCAAGCAGGAAAUAAAAGUUGAGCCAGAACUAUUCGAUUUGAAAAAUAUUGCAGAGGAAGCAUCAAAAGCAUUGAAUUUAUCUGAGAAACCAUAUGAAUGUGAUGAAUGUGGCAUGGGUUUUACCCAAUCUGGAGCCCUGGGGAGUCACCUAAGGAUUCACUUAGGACAGAAACCAUACAAAUGUGAUGAAUGUGGCAAGUGCUUUACCCGAAAAACAACUCUGAAGAGACACCUAAUGAUUCACUCAGGAGAAAAACCAUACAAAUGUGAUGUGUGUGGCAAAUGCUUUAUCCAAAAUGCAGACCUGAAGAUACACCUAAGGAUUCACUCAGGACAGAAACCAUACAAAUGUGAUGAAUGUGGCAAGUGCUUCACCCGAAAAACAACUCUGAAGAGACACCUAAUGAUUCACUCAGGAGAAAAACCAUACAAAUGUGAUGUGUGUGGCAAAUGCUUUAUCCAAAAUGCAGACCUGAAGAUACACCUAAGAAUUCACUCAGGACAGAAACCAUACAAAUGUGAUGAAUGUGGCAAGUGCUUUAACCAAUCUGGAGAAGUGAAAAUACACUUAAUGACGCACUCAGGACAAAAGCCAUACAAAUGUAAUGUGUGUGACAAGUGCUUUACCCAUUUGGGAGCCCUUAAAACACACCUUAGGAUUCACACAGGACAGAAACCAUAUGAAUGCGAUGUAUGUGGCAAAUGCUUUACCCGAAAAACACACCUGAAGGCACACCUAAUGAUUCACUCAGGAGAAAAACCAUACAAAUGUGAUGAAUGUGGCAAGUGCUUCAACCAAUCUGCAAACCUGAAAACACACCUAAGGAUUCACACAGGACAGAAACCAUGCAAAUGUGAUGCAUGUGGGAAGUCCUUUAACCAAUCUGGGGCCCUGAAGAGGCACCUAAGGAUUCACUCAGGACGGAAACCAUACAAAUGUGAUGAAUGUGGCAAAUGCUUUAUCCAAAAUGCAGACCUGAAUAUACACCUAAGAAUUCACUCAGGACAGAAACCAUACAAAUGUGAUGAAUGUGGCAAGUGCUUUAUCCAAUCUGGAGAAGUGAAAAUACACUUAAUGACGCACUCAGGACAAAAACCAUACAAAUGUAAUGUGUGUGACAAAGGCUUUACCCGACAUGCAGACCUAAAUAGACACCUAAGAAUUCACUCUGGACAGAAACCAUUCAAAUGUGAUGAAUGUGGCAAGUGCUUUACCCGAAAAACAACUCUGAAGACGCACCUAAUGAUUCAUUCAGGAUAGAAACCAUACAAAUGUGAUGAAUGUGGCAAGUGCUUCACCCUAUCUGGAGCCCUGAAGACACACCUAAUGAUUUACUCAGGACAGAAACCAUAAAAUAUAGAUUAAGGCAUUGCUUAAAAGCUGAGCUCCAAACAAUCAAAUCUUUGCUUAUCUUUACUGUUAUAAGCAUUACGUCUGUCGGGCAAACGUUUAGAUUGCCUGAGCGGUAUUGACCUCAUCAGCCUGCACUAGCCUUUGAGCUUUGAACUUGUGCGCCAUGAUUGUAAAGACAACAAAACAUGAUAAAACACGAAAAUUUAUUGGAUCUUCCAUGCCACUAGACAAAGGACACAAUAGAAGGCGGUUCUGACAGUGCAAAGAAGUUAUACAGCUAAGCCAAAUUAGAAUGUGCUCAAAGAGCCUAUCCAAGAACAAACACUGGGACUUCAGAAGCGCGAGUACAAAUAAUUUUAUACUUAAAUACACUGUAAAUUACAGUGAUCUCGAAUGUGUCAAAUGUUUUCAUGACUUGGAAUAAAAGAAGUUUGUAAGGGUC